AGGAAAAUUUGCAUCUUUGUAAAGAAACUAGGACACUAGAGAGAAAAUAUACUAAAAUAGAGACAAAGAAAUAGAGUUGUUAAUAUAUCUGUAUACAAGUAAAUGAACCAACGUUACCAACCUCAUCCCAUCACAAUAUAUAAAGACCAAACACCAUAUCAAGUUUUCUGUGAAACAACUCUAGUCUCCCUCUCUCUCUCUCUCUCUCUCUCUCUCUUUCUCUUUCUGCCUUCUCUGACUCUUUUGUAGGUGUUGGUUGUUGUUGUUUAAUCUUGAUUCUUCUUGUCUUAGUGAAGAUGGCAAGAAAAUGCUCACAUUGUGGGAACAUGGGUCACAAUUCAAGGACUUGUAGCAAUUACAAAGGAACAAAUGGUGGUACUGGUAUUGGUAGUGGACUCAAACUCUUUGGUGUUCAACUUGACAUACAUACAUCUCCUCCUCCUCCUUCCUCCUCUUCUUCUUCUACCUCUUCUACUACAUCUUCUCCAUGCUUCUCUUCAUUAAUUCCCAUGAAGAAGAGUUUUAGUAUGGAUUGUAUAUCUUCUUCAUCGGCUUCUUCUUCGUGUCGCGUUUUCGUUAAUAAUAAUGAUGAUACAAUUUCUCAUGGAGGGUAUCUUUCUGAUGGUCUCAUUGCAAGAAAUCACCAAGAACGAAAGAAAGGAGUAGCAUGGACAGAAGAAGAACACAGGAUAUUCUUAACCGGUCUUGAAAAGCUUGGAAAAGGUGAUUGGAGAGGAAUUUCAAGAAACUUUGUAACUACAAGAACUCCAACUCAGGUUGCUAGUCAUGCUCAAAAAUAUUUCCUUAGACAAACUAGUCUUAACAAGAAAAAACGCCGGUCAAGCCUUUUCGACGUGAUUGGGAGUUGCAGUAGCUCUGAUGAUUUUUCAAGUCUAACACUAGAUGCAAAUACAGUACCCCAAAAAAGUGAAGUUCAUCAAGGAUUUAGUAUUCUUCAGCAGCCUAUAGUAGAGACGCAUUCACCGGUAAAAGCAGCAACAACAAGGAAUGAUCAAGAUAGAAGUACCCGGUUUUCUCCGAGUUAUACUCCGGUGCCGUUAUGGGGAAAUGUUUCAUUUCAGCCUCAACCAAUAUUACCUUCGUUUGUAACAGUGCCCGAGUUUCGAACAACAACACCAAAUCUAGAGCUUACACUUGCUGCUCCAAGAUCAUUGGAUCAAAGUCAAUCCUCAACAACAACAACAGCAACAAGAUCUCUCUUAACUGGACCAAUUAGUGUUAUCUGAAAGCUACAAAAAGAACUAGCUAGCCCAAGACAAUAUUGAAUCAAGCAAUAGCCGGGUUGUUAAAUGUAAUCAAGAAAGACAAAAUAUAACUCUUUAAGGAAGUUGGUUACGGCCACUAUUAUAAAUAGAUUAGAAUUUUGAUAAUUCCAUUUGUAAAUUCCUGUCAGUAAGUAUUUUGGGGCUUAGCUUAAUGAGAUAUGCAAAUAUUCAGCCUUUUCG